AGGGUUUUUAAGCUGUCUGCAAAGAGUCACCUUAACCAGAAAGUUGACACGGCUUUCUCGAGCGAUGAGAACGAGAAUAAGCGACACUACAACCAGCGAAUUAUUGAAGUCGAGCAUGGCUCCUUCAGCCCUCUCGUGUUCUCACCAUAUGGUGGAAACGGUAGAGAAGCCGAGCGAUUUCUUACAGAACUAGCUCAAAACCUAUCCGAUAAAAAGCAGACGGAUUAUAGCAUUGUGAUUCAUUGGUUGAGAGGAAAACUAUGUUUUAACCUAUGGAGAUCAGCAGUUUUAUGUGUAAGAGGCUGCAGAACAAUUAAACAUGAGUUGAACACCGACUUUAGCGGGGAAGAAAUCGCAAAUGUGAUUGGAAACAUAAAGUAG